CUUCUCCCAUGAAUCGUGUGUGUUUCAUGAGUGGCUGGCAUUGUUUGUGUAUUACCAUUUAGUAGUAUAUAAAGCUAUUGCGCAGCGCAUUUGGUUGCGCAGUUGUCGGCUUUAAACAGUCCCGAAAAAACGUUUGCACCGAUUUCGAGUACUGGCAGACAGGUCGACAGACCGGCCGAAAACACGAGAUCAAGAGUUAAGGCGAGGCGACGCACCAACCAACAGCUGUGCAGCCGACUUAUAGGAGCGUAAAAGACAAAAGACUUAAGCGACAAAAUUCAUUUAAAAGUCAUAAAUCAAAGCUAGAGCCCAACUAACGCUAGUCGUGUACUAUUAUCAGGCGCGCGCUUACCGUGAAAUGAUACGCUUUGGUGUGCUGUUGGCGCUGCUAUGCGCUGGCGCAUGCGUGAUCAACGCCAGCCCUGUGCCAGAUUCCACACCCGCCACAACAACAACAGCCACAACGGCAACACACAGUGAUGACGAUGUGCAGAUUGUUAACUAUUCCAAUGAUAAUGUCGGUGCCAAUGGCUAUAACUUUGCCUUUGAGACCAGUGAUGGCGUGUCACGCAAGGAAACGGCCACGGUAAAACAUGCUGGCGCGAUAUCGGUCGAGGGCACAGUCAGCUGGACGGGUCCGGAUGGUGUGCAAUAUACACUCAAUUAUGUCGCCGAUGAGCAUGGCUUCCAGGCACAAGGCACCCAUUUGCCGGUGGGCCCAGAGCCAGCGUCAUAAGUGUUUAUUUUUUUAGGUUAUGAGCAUCUAUAAGCAGAUUCGGCAGCAGAAUAUGGUAGUAUUUAGUUGUACGUGUAUUGUGAUGUUAUAUUUUAGUUAAAUUGUAAAUAUUUUCUAAGCAAAUGAAGCAAUUUACGAGUAUUGUACGAAUUAUGUGGAUAGUCUAGUCGUUGUUGAUACUGUUAAUAAAUAGCGCUGCAUCGAAGUAAA